AUGGCCACCGCCACGAUUGAAUGUGACAUUUGUAAUGAGCAAUACAACUCAAACGACCGCAAGCCGCUAUGUCUGCCUUGUGAAGCGCUGUGCCCCCAGCACCAGAAGGCGCUGGAUUAUUUCUGCGUGGACUGCGUAGAGUCCGUGUGCUUCACUUGCUGCAGGGCCACGCACGCCACGCACAAAAUAGAGAUGAUAGACGACCUGCUUCAGGAUAACGAGAACGUUAAUGGCGUCUGGGCGAAAAUACGGUCCACGUUGCAGAACAAACUCGACAGCGUUAGUUCGGUCGUCACGUUAUCUGAUGGUUUAUCGGGCUUUAUUGAUGACAUCAUCAAAUUGAAGCCUGAUUUUGAUGGCUGGAAGGAUUUGCUGUUGGCUCAGAAAGUGUCAACCGAGCAGGACCUCCAGCUACAGACGUGUGAGGUCAUGCCGAUUGGCAAACCUUGGAUCAUCUCCAGCAGUGAUGAAGGAGAACGAGCCCUCGCAAGCCUGGCCAGCAACAGGCAGCCCAGUCACCUCGUGGUGCUGUCCUCCCACACCCGCCCCAUCCCGGUGCUGGGGGAGCUGCUGUCCACCCACACCCGCCCCAUCCCGGGGCUGGGGGAGCUGCUGUCCCGCCUCGCCGCCCUCUACUCCGGCGACAUCAGCCUGCUGCCCCUGGACUCCUUCUGGAGGCCGGCAGGACAGUCGGAUGGAGGCUUGGGAAAUAUCGUCGAUGAGUUAAGUACAAGGCUGACUGCCGUGUACGUUUCCCCCCACCAAGUCAGUUGGGAUAAUUUCAAUUGCAACAUCCGUCUCGACUGCCGAGCCGAUGCACUGUGUUGUGCUAAAUUGAAAAUACGUACUAUCACAAAUUUAUGCUGCGCCAAGGGCGUCCCGAACAACGUUGGCACUACCUUAAAGGAUCGCGGUGUUGAGGUCACCCGCUGGCACUUUCCCGACAUCAAAGAUCAGGACGUGGCCUGGUUGUCACACAUCCUGUCAUCAUAUUCCGACAACUGCCUUCAAAGCGUGGAGCUUGUCCUGCCAAGGGAUCAUCUCUCUGCCGUAGGCGCUCGUCAGCUGUUUCAGAAGAUACCAAAUAUUCGGGUGUUGUACCACGAGCCUAGCGCCGCGCACCUCACGGCAGCUUGUAGGGAUGUUCACGCUGCUGCGGACUGCAUCGAGUUGUCAACCACCAACAUUCUUCAAUGGAUAUAAUAUCUCAAUCGGAAGUUAGGGUCAGGCUAGAAGACAUAAUCAACCACAGCUUAAAAUUAUCAUUUUACAUUUAGAUUUUAAAUAAUGUGAGGUUCCUAAAUAAUAAAUAUCCUUAGAGAGUGAAUAGCUUUAACGGCGUAGAUGCCUUCAUUAAUGAGCAUUUGUAUUUUCACAGCAUUAGUUUCGGUAGAUAAUUAGUAAAUUUUUUCUGAACAAUUUGCAUGCAGGUUCAUGCAAUUACUUUAUACCUUUUUCAUAGCAUUCAAUUUAAACAUUAAGCAGAACCUGA